GAUCAAGGAUCAAGGCAUAGGACUUUCUAACCUUUCCGUAUUGUCAAUAUUUCAUUCUACUGCUUUCGCAGAAUGUUGGUUGGUCUAGCGCACAAUCAUUCUUUCAUUAAAAAGGCAUUAUAAAAGCUUUUAUUUGUCCGUAAUAUUGUUGGACCUCGAGAAACCACUGAUUAUGCUCAAGAAAAUCAAGGAAGUGUGUGUGUUAUGGCUCUGGAGCCAAGACCACAACAAAAACAAUAUGAUUACUUGUUGAAAUUUCUUCUUGUGGGGGACAGUGACGUUGGGAAACAAGAAAUUUUAAGCGGCCUAGAAGAUGGAUCGUCAGAAUCCCCGUUUUGUAGUGGGAGUGCUUACAAGACAACAACAAUUUUGUUGGAUGGGAAGCGCGUGAAACUACAACUAUGGGAUACAUCUGGUCAGGGUCGAUUUUGUACCAUCAUAAGAUCGUAUUCAAGAGGAGCACAAGGUAUCCUACUUGUUUAUGAUAUUACAAAUAAAUGGUCGUUUGAUGGCAUUGACCGCUGGCUGAAAGAAGUUGAAGAGCAUGCACCAGGUGUUCCCAAAGUACUUGUAGGAAACCGACUUCACCUAGCUUUUAAACGUCAAGUUGGCACUCGUGAGGCUGAGUCAUAUGCUGUUAAAAAUCGAAUGUCUUUCUUUGAGGUUAGUCCUUUAUGUGAUUUUAACAUUAGAGAAAGCUUCAGUGAGUUGUCUCGUAUGGCACUACAUCGAAAUGGCAUGGAAAGGCUGUGGAGAUCAAAUAAAGUCCUGAGCUUGCAAGAAUUAUGUUGUCGUGCAAUUGUGGCCCGCACCUCUGUGUAUGGGAUUGAUCAACUCCCUCUCCCUGGUUCAAUCAAGUCACAUUUGAAGUCAUAUGAUUUAGCCAGCUAUUCAACGACAUCUAUGCAUCGAUAUGUCAUGAACAACAAUAGGAAUCAUCUCCUUGCAUCUGGUAAAAUGGGAACAUUAUCAGGAAGCAAGAAACUUCGUUUUGUAGGAAUGGUCUGCCCUACAUCAUCAUCAAGCACAACGCCAUCUUCGGGUAGUGUUCUUGAUAAUAAUCGGACUAGUUGUGCAGGCCGCAACUCAUGUUGCAUCUCAUGAUUUCUGUGGUUCUACUGUGUGCUAUCAAUUGUGCUGUGAAUGUAAUCUUUGUUUUAUUCUCUUUGUCUCUGCCUAUGGUCUUGUGAUGAAUUUUGACUCGACUACUUCAUUUCUCCCCUUAGAAUUGGCAUUUUCUACACCAAAGUGAGCAUGUAUAUAAGAUAUAUGUAUAUAUGUAGAUUUAAAGCUCUCUUACAAAUGUGUUUUCCUGACUGUAAAUCAUCUGCCUUUAGUCAUUUUAACAGUUUGAAAGCAAUACAGUAAACUUAUUGGUGAGAAUCUCAUUUUGAUAUGUGGCUUUUGUGUAACCAUUUUCAGUAUUCUGUUUCUUCUUUCACUUAUUUAAGUGGUUGUAGUAUUGUUUGAUGUAUGUACUCUGCUGUCUGUCAUUACUCUACUAUGACCAUUAGAAUUGACCGUCCAAUCAUAUUUGUACUUCUAGUUUGAUACAAAAACAAUUUCAAAAUCUUCCCUUUAAAAAAAAGUAAUAUUAAUUAUCUAAUCUGAAAUUUAAAUUGAGAGAAAAUGAGGAUGAAGAGUGUGUAAGCUGCUUUCAAGAUUCAAGGCUUUUUUUCUCUAGUUGUAAAGUUACUUUUCUUCUACAAUUUAUUGUUAUAGUGAUGAUGGGGCAAACGGUUUCUAUAACAAACUUUUGUGAAGCAUUCGUUGCGACCCGGUUUGGGUUCUUUUAGCCAAAACGAGUUGAAAUUGUACACUAGUUCAAGGUCCUGUUCUGGUUCGGUUGGAUUUGCAAAUUCGGGGUUUGCCUUCUCACUAAUUUUUUUGGUGCUCACAUUCAAUUUAGCUACAUGUUAAUUUAUAUUCAUGCAGUUAAUCUAAAGUCUCUUUUUGUUUGUGAUAUACUCAGGAGAUCUACAGAUGUAUGUCUCCUGAUAUACUUCUGCUUCAUGUACUUCUCUGUCCUUAUACCACAAAAUUGAAUGUUUCACUUCAUGGUAUGUAAAAGCAAAAGUGACAUUGAGGGUUCAGUUGACUUUCAGCACUACCCAAAACUACUGUUUGGAAUAGUUUUAAAAGAAAACUUAGGAAAUAUACAUUCCAAUCAAGGUAUCCAGAAGGUACCUUCAUGGCAGCUUAUGUACUUUUUUCACCAUAUUGUGUUUUUAAUUUGUGCUUCUUGUAAGUCAUGUAGUUUUGUAAUUAAUUUUUACAGUGAUAAUGGACACCUGCAUGUAUCAAUUAUUACCUAUUUACUGUGUACAGCACCCCAUAUCAUGUGGUCAUGUUUAUUCUGUUAAUGGACAACCAUAACCAUAACAGCUAUGGUUUUGUUCUCACAAUAUUGGAUUAAAUGAGGAAAAUUAUACUAACUGAAUAAUCUCUGAAUUUGCAUCAUCUCAUUUUCAUUUAAUAUGUUUGUAAGAGAGAAGUGUGUACAUAUAGGCAUCUAUGAAAAUCUUACUGUGACUGUGACUUAUACCUUGUAAUUAUGGAAAAUUAAAGCAACUGCUUUGAUA